UAGCUUGGUUGCUAGGAGACGGUUGGCCGCGCGAGGGGGAGGCCGAGUCGAGAAGAAGCUGCUCCUUUUGGGGAUAGAAGAGCCAGCCAGAGAAAAUUAAAAAUGGCAAGCAAUCACAAGCCUCCUACGGCACGCCCGUCUUCAAGAGCUGGAAUAGGGCUGGGAACUCGACCACCUUCAUCUUCAUUACGACCUCCAUCUGCAGCUUUACUUGGUGGAGGAAUUCCUCCAGGCACCGCAAGGCCUGGUACACGGGGUGCAUCCAUAGGAACUGGGGUAGUUUUGUCUUCUCAAAUUAAAGUUGCAGAUCGUCCAGUGACACAGCAAGGUCUCAGUGGAAUGAAAACUGGAAUCAAAGGGCCACAGAGGCAAGUUAUGGAUAAAUCCUAUUAUCUGGGUGUGCUUAGAAGCAAAAUAACUGAGCUUACUACAGAAAUUAAUAAGCUUCAGAAAGAAAGGGAUAUGUAUAAUCAGGAGAAUUCUGUCUAUCUCUCCUAUGAAAAAAGAGCAGAAUCUUUAGCUGGCGAGAUUAAAGACUUUCAGGGACAACUUGCAGACUACAAUAUGCUGGUGGAUAAACUUAACACAAAUACCGAUAUGGAAGAAGUAAUGAGUGACUAUAAUCUGCUGAAAGCACAAAAUGAUCGUGAAGCACAAGGAAUAGACAUUAUAUUUACAGAAAGACAAAACAAAGAAAAGCUCAUUCAGGCUGUGGAAGAUGACAUCCAGCAGGAAAAGCAGGCAGCAGAAAACAUCAUCAAAAAUAUGUCUGAAGAAGAUCAAGUGAAAUACAUGGAGACAAAAGUGGCAAAUGAAAAACUUUUACAGGAAUUAUCUGCUUUACAGCAAGAACUGGAUGCUUUGAAUAUGAAAGAACAAGCUUUAGAAGGGGAAAUAGCACAUUCCCAGGUUAAACAAGAGGCUCUACAACUGUAUGAAAAGCUUCAUGGUCUCGAAGAACAUCGGAAUCAAAUGAUUUUGGAAGAUAAAAAUAUGGGAUCUCCCCAAGAAGAAAGAGAGAGGUUAUUAAAACAGGUGAAGGAAGACAAUCAAGAAAUAGCAAGCAUGGAGAGACAGUUGACCGAGAUAAAAGAAAAGAUUGAUCAAAUCAAUGAAGGAAUACGUCAGGUUGACAUGGAUCUGGAAGAGCAGCAAGGAGAGAAAAAUGUGAAAUACAAAGAGUUAAAGAAGAGAGAGGAAAGCAUGGAUAACUUUCUUGAAUCUUUUGAAGAGACAAAAAACCAGGAACUGGAACGGAAAACACAGAUAGAGGCCAAUAUUGUGGCAAUUUUAGAGCACUCAAGCAGGAAUGUAAAUUGCAUGAAGCAGAUAUCUUCUGUUACAAAUCAAGAGCUGAAGAUCAUGCAGGAAGACCUCACGUUCAAAUCAAGUGAAAUGCAGAAAUCACAGAGUACAGCAAAAAACCUAGGUUCAGACUGUCAACGUCUGCAGAUGGAUCUCCAGAAGAUGGGUCAAUUGGAAAGCAAGAUGAAGGAUGAACUCUCUUCUCUCAAAGACAAAAAUGAGCAAAUGACCAAGGACCUAGAACUGUACAACAACCUGCCAGCUCUGAAAGCAGCAGGAGAAGAGAGAAAGAAGAAACUGCAAGAGGAGAAAGAAACCCUGACAAAGCACAGGAAUGCUUUCAAGAAAGUUAUGGAGCAGAUGAAUACGGAGUAUGAAAGCCUGAAGCUGCAACUUCAGGAGAAUGAGACACAUGCUCAGCUUACAAAUCUGGAAAGGAAGUGGCAGCAUCUUGAACAAAAUAAUUUUGUCAUGAAAGAAUUUAUAGCAACAAAAACCCAAGAAAGUGAUUACCGUCCCAUCAUGAAGAAUGUCACAAAACAGAUUGCAGAAUAUAACAAAACCCUCAUAGAAGCUUUAGAGAACAACAGGAAAUGAACCCAGACUCUUCUUUCAUAUGUCUGUGGACCAUUGAGAGGUUUUAUCUAAAUGCAUUGUGAGCUUUGCAAGAAUAGUCUUCAAACUUAUGUACGUAUGUCCCAGUAUUCAUGAACCUUUCUUGUUUAUAUGCACAAAAACCCAGAGACAUUACUUUCUUGGAAAUUUUACUAUGGUUGGAUUGAUUCCAUAUUCUCAAAAAAUGAAUCUUUUAAGAUACUUUAGUAUCCCUUGUUUUGUCAUUGGUUAGUAAGCAAUGUGACUUAAUAGACGCCAUUUUGAAAUACACCUUCUGACUGUACCAACAGGUGGAACUUACUUCAGAUUUGAGCAGCAUAGUAACCUCAGCAACAGAGAAUGUUAUGCUUAUCUGUAUGUUUUUAUCAGUUUAUCUUAUUCUAUCAGAAUUCAUUUAAUGCAGGGAAGAUGAAGUUCAGCUAUAGUUUUAGCAAAGUAACAAGCACUGAUACCAUCUCUAAUGGUAAAUUAUUCAGCAUUCUUGUAUCCAAAGAUUAUUAUGUCAUUCCCCUUCACUUUCAAAGAGAUUUGUGUUAUAGUCC